UCGGGAGAUUCAAAUUUGAAAUUUAGUUCAACGAAUUUUUCAAUUGUCAUUCUCGUCGUAUAACCCUAGUUUUAAUUUUCUUUGCGCAAUUAUAGAAGUACUAAAAUAUUUAUUGUGUUGAGAAAUCGAAAAAGCUUAUUAGAUACUCAGUUAUAAUAGUAUAAAUAGAGAGGAAACUGUUAGACUAAUAUAUUUGAGCACAAAGACUUACGAUCAACAUGUCUGCUCGAGACAUUUAUUAUUCUGAGAAAUAUUAUGACGACGAUCACGAAUACAGGCAUGUGGUGUUACCAAAGGAGAUGGUAAAGCUUAUUCCAAAAAACCACUUAAUGAGUGAGGACGAGUGGCGCAGUAUUGGUGUGCAACAAAGCCAUGGAUGGGUACACUAUAUGACACAUCAGCCAGAGCCUCAUAUUCUACUGUUUCGAAGAAAGAAGCCUCAAACGCAGAACAAUUAAUUUUUAAUUUACAAAAAUAAUCUAGAUGUAAUAUUAAUUUAAGUUUGCUCAUAACAAAUUUUUUUAAUUAUGCAAGUUUAUUGAUGUGGUCAACUUCUGCAUUACUCGUCUUGUAGCUAACUUAGAUACAUAAUCCAACAUAUUAGGCUUAACAGUGUUCUCAGUACAAAAAUAUGUCAAUUUGUUAUAAGCUACUAUGAUCUUCAUUCCUGAUUUUAAGUCAUUAAUUUAUAAGUUUUUUAACUCAAAUCAUAAAUAAUGUAUAAUUAUCAUUCUUAGCAGUAAUUUAUUAUAUUUAGUUUGACAAGAUAUAAUUAUUGCAGCUUCUCUGAGCAAUGGUAAUGCUCAUUUAGCACUCUUUUAAGAAUAUGGUUUGUUAGUUUUAAUCAAAUUUUGUACAAAUAAAUGUUUGGUGCUAUGUUA